GCCAAUCCUAGGCCACCCAUCGCCACCACCACCACUGGCCAUCGGCUCGUCUGGGGCAGCACCUCCAUUCUCCCCCUCCUCCUCCCCGGCAAGGUCGUCCCGCGCUUCCCUUGCUCUGGGCCAAACCGUCAGCCUAGCUCCAACGUACAUACAUCCAUCCAUCCAUCAUCACGACCCCUCCUACUGCUCCCUCCUCCUCCUUCUACUACUACGCCGCCUCCGCCGCUGCGUCGCUAUCCCUCAAGCCCCAAGCAAAGCGCGCGCUUCCUUUUCCGCUGGGGUGCCACGAGCUCACACACAUUACAACCCCCUCCGCCUGGAGUAUCGGCGCAAGAACGCAGGCAACAGCAACAGCACCCAGCAAGCAGCAGCCAUGGUGUGCGCCGGCGCAAGGGCCAUUUCGGUCCUCAAGUUCGUGGGGACCGUGUCCCUCGGCUUGCUGACGGGCGUCUCCUACACCGUCUCGGCCGUCUCCCUCCCCUCCCUCCUGCGCCUCCCGUCCUCGUCGUCGGCCUCGCAGGCCGUCGCCUCCCUCGUCGACUCCCUCGCCCGCCCGCUCCGCGCCCUCACCGCGCUGUCCUCGGCCCCGCUCCUCCUCGCCUUCGUCCUCGCCCCGCGUUCCUCCCGCCACCCGUACCUCCUCUACUCGUCGCUGCUCGCCCUCAUCGCCUCGGCCGCCCCGCGCCUCCUGCCCCGGCCCGCCGCGCCUCCCGCCACACCGCGCCAGAGGUCCCCCAAGAAGCAGUCCCCCGCCCGCAGGAUGGAGGCCAGCUACGAGGUCCUUGGCGACGUCACCAGCGAGGCUGCUAGCGAGGAGGACAUCGAGGAUGUCAAUGGCGAGGAGGUCAGGGUCGAGGUCGAGGCGCUUGCGAGGCGCUAUGUGGUGCAGACUGGCUUGUCCGCCCUGGGCUUCGCCAUGGCCGUCGUCGGGCUCUGGGGCGAUGGCUUUCAGCAGGUCGUCGCCUACGUCUCGUGAUUGCGCCUCUUUGGCCCUUGUACCGUCGAGAAAUCGGUUGAACGCUUUUUUCUGGUUGCCGGUAGAUGCAAAACAUGUUGAUUUCUCACAGUGUAAAUGUUUACGGAGUUGGGAGGGACGUUGUUUUCCCCACGAAGGUUUCUGUUAAAGCGCACCAAGGCUCGGACCAUCUCCUAUUCCCUCACUACCACAUCCAUAGCAAACAAGCACCGUACAUGGAAGCUGAU